AUGAACCCCCUCCAAGCACGCUCCGUUCCACUCUCCACCCCGCGAAACCUCCUCCUAACCCUCGACGCCUUCGGCACAAUCUUCUACCCUCGCCCAUCCGUCCCCGAACAAUACGCCGCGACCGCGCACGAGUUCGGCCUUUCCGCCGUCACCGCACCCAAACUCAAGACCGCCUUCAAACACGUUUUCCGCGCGCAAAGUAAGCGUUACCCUAAUUACGGGCGCGCGGAUGUCCUCCGUGGGAAAUACGGAGGUCCUAGACAAUGGUGGGAGGAGGUGAUUCGGGGUAGCUUCGCGCAUGUUCUGUCUGGGCCCGGACAUGCUUCUAAAGACUUCGAGCUUCCGGUUGGGAUGGUUGAUGCUCUGCUUGAUCGAUUUGCUGGAGAAGGAGGGUAUACAUUGUAUGAUGAUGUCGUGCCGUUCUUUACAAGGAUGCGGGAGCUGAGGAGCUCACCAUCACUGGCAAGAAACUUUGAUCGGGUUGUCCUCGGCGUGAUAUCUAACUCCGAUGACCGGGUUCCUGCUGUCUUGAAUGCGUUGGGAUUGAGAGUUGGUGAUAUGCGUGCUGAUCAGGAUCUGUCUAGUUUGCAGUUGCCUGGGUUUGAGCAGCGCAUUGCGCAUACUGACUUGGGUGGCUGGUCAGAUGAUGAUGUGGAUAUGGUGAUUACUAGCUAUGAGGCUGGUGAAGAGAAGCCUCAUCAGAUGAUAUUUGAUAUCACGAGACGGCAGGCGAGGUUGUUAGCGAAUAAUGCGCAGACUGGCUCUGCUCUUACCGGAGGGGACGGGACGGGUGAUUGGGUAUGUGUGCAUGUUGGUGAUGACUAUGAGAAGGAUUAUCGUGCUGCGAUUGACGCGGGCUGGCAGAGUUAUCUGCUUCGAGGAGAUGGACAACAGCAUACUGCGAAGAGUAUUGACUCGUUAGUGGAUUUAGUUGAUGAACUCAAGAUCGGGUGA